GAAGAGAACAAAGAAAGAGAAGAUGAGAGAUCUAAGUUUGCCGGAGAAAGUGAGGAGGGCAGAUGUUGCUUCGCUCCCCAAACCUCCCAGUGGUCCCGAGCCGAAUCAGCCCCAGGAGCAAACAGAAGGGCGCCUCUCCCUUCCAAGCCGAGAGACGGCUGAGACUCAGCCAACCGCCAGCUGCCUUGGAAACUGUCGCUCCCACGGCUGCUCUGAAGCCUACACGCGGCUCUUCUCCAGCUUCUACUUCAAGGGGAACAAUGGCAUCAUGUCUCCCUUGGCGAAGAAGAAGCUGCUGGCGCAGGUCAGCCAGGACGAAUGCUUGUACACUCAUGAGAAGAAGCACCUCAUCCACUGUCCCGAAUACAAGAAGAUCAGGAUCCGGGAAAUACCAGGAUUGGACUCUGAAGUUGGUCGCCUGCAGAAAGAGGCCCCAAAGACAGGAGCAGAGGUGAACGGUUCUAGCAGUUCUCCAGCUCCUUCCCAGGUUGGAAAAGCCAAUGAUGGUUUGAUGAAAGUUUCUCCAGGUUUCAAGGAGGGCCCAGGGUCCAUGAAAGCGGAGGACGAGAGCUCUGCAGCUCACCUGUCUACUGGGCCACCUGUCUUCCGUGGCUACUUCCACACCUCCAGCAGCAACCUCUUGAAACCCAUCAGUGGCCUCCGAGGACCAGUGGAAUAUUACUCCAGCUUGAAGGACCUCCCCGCGUCUUCCCCAGCUUACGCUAAGCCUGGAAAAGAUGCCCUGUUAGCAGCUGGGUCUCAGAAGAAGCAGGACAGCUUGGAAGACCAACCAGAAGACCUCCGCAGGAAGUCAAGUCAACCUUGGAAAGCCGACCAUCAACACUCUUCAGCCUUUCAAGCGAGCGCCCUGAGCACCAAGGCGGGGUUUCCCCCAUUUCAACCGGUCAAAGCCUCCUGGACCUCACCCGUGGUCAACCUGGCGAAGGUCAGCCCACAGGUCUCCAAGAACGGAGGGCCGUCCAUGUCUCCAGGCCAGUCGGGCAUCCCCCUGCAGAAGAAGAGAGCGUCAGAGGAGGACUACUUUCUGCAUGGCAAGAAACUCAAGGCGGUAUCUCCAUUCGUCAAGGAGGUAGACCCGAACGGUAGCCUGGAUCAAGGGACGGCCCCCGGAGGGCAGUCCGGCAUCGCGAAGCCGAAAGCGACGGUGGUGGGGUCCAUAUUUCCAGUUGCUCAUGUGCCUCAGCUACAGGACAUGUACAAGGGCACCAUGUUGAGGUUGCCCGUUAAUUUUGGCAGCCCAGGAGAACAUCUCAAGGAACAGGCCCCUUCGCUGAUCCAGUCUCUCUCCAUCAACCCGUUCAUUAUCCCCGCCUUCCCCACCCCGCUAUUAACUGCGUCCGUCCAGGCAUCGGAUCUGGGUCAGUCCCUGGGCACCAGCCUCGUCCACUACCCCACUUCGUAUGACAGCGCACUACGCCACCGGCUGUACCCUGUGUCGACGUGGCACAGCCAGCCGACCUACACUUCUGCCCACGUCCCAUCCUACCACCGGAACACCAAGCUGUAGCCCCUUACCCCCGGGACCCUCAGGGAUUUGCCACGUUGGAGACCCCGCACAACGUUUGAGAGCCCGCGCGAGGAAUGUGCGAACCCCACAUCCGCGGCCUUUCGACAUUUUGAUUCCCCUGCUUUUUCCAAGCUCUUACAUAGGACAAAACAGGACCAUAUGACUUUUUUUAAAAAACUGCCCGAACGAUGAACUGUCUUUUUAUCUGACAUGGUAUGCAAAUAACUUGUGCUUUUCAAAAAAACAAAAACAAAAACAACCAACCUUAGAGGGAACAAAGUUCUUAUAAACAGAGAUUUAUAUCUGUG